AUGAGAUUCUAUCUUAGACACAACUACAUGUCCUUGGGACGCCUACUCGACGCCGCCGUCGCCGGCGGCAAGGUGCACGCCGCCGAGUUGACGAUCACGACGACAUGCCGCCGCUCGUUAGACAACGACGACGACUACGAAGAUACUGAGCGCUCUCUGGUCGGGUACGGCCGGCGUUUCAGGGCUCUCUUCGAUGCCUGCCCAGCAGCUUGUUUCGGAGCUGUGACCCAGCUCACCCUGGAGAAGAUGAGCCACGGCAAGCCUGACUUGGACGACAUUCUCACUACCUGUACAGGGCUCGAGAAGCUGUCCUUGCAUAACUGCGGCCCCGGGGUCGGUGCGUUGUGGGACGUGCAGCACGCACGGCUCAAAGACAUCAGGAUCUGCCUGUGCGCCAUCCGUGGCGUCAAGCUCGUAUGGCUUCCCAGAUUGGAGCGCUUCACUUUGCAGGGCUGGCUCUUCACGACUGAUAAGCUUGUAUCCUUGGGUCAUGUUCCACGCCUCACUACUGUCACCUUGUCUGAAGACAUCGGCCAUAACGAACAGACUCUCAAGUUAAGCUGCAUCCUUACCAACAACACUGCACUUAGGGAUCUGCGGCUCAAUUUCAGAGACAGUAACAUCUGGGUUCAACCAGAAACGUCAAGACGUCUGACAAAUGUGUUUAAUUAG